AUGGAGCACCCACGGGAAAAAGAGGGUGAGCGGCCGGCGCGCAGCAGCAAGGCGGGUCAGGGGCGCAGCGGGCACUCGCGCCCCUCGGGAUCAGGCUCCUCCGGAGUGCUCAUGGUGGGGCCCAACUUCCGUGUGGGCAAGAAGAUCGGCUGUGGUAACUUUGGAGAGCUGAAGCUAGGUAAGAAAUUACCACCGUUUCAAGAAUACGUUUGGUACUUUUUUUGGUGCUUGGAAAUGGCGAUAGACUCUAUGUAUGAAAAUGUGUUUAACAAUUCAAAUAAAAUCAAAUAAAAUUGUAUUGGUCACAUGCGCCGAAUACAACAGGUGCAGACAUUACAGUGAAAUGCUUACUUACAGCCCUUAACCAACAGUGCAUUUAUUUUUAACAAAAAAAGUAAAAAUAAAACAACAACAAAAAAGUGUUGAGAAAAAAAGAGCAGAAGUAAAAUAAAAUAACAGUAGGGAGGCUAUAUAUACAGGGGGGUACCGGUGCAGAGUCAAUGUGCGGGGGCACCGGCUAGUUGAGAUAGUUGAAGUAAUAUGUACAUGUGGGUAGAGUUAAAGUGACUAUGCAUAAAUAAUUAACAGAGUAGCAGCAGCGUAAAAAGGAUGGGGCAGUGCAAAUAGUCCGGGUAGCCAUGAUUAGCUGUUCAGGAGUCUUAUGGCUUGGGGGUAGAAGCUGUUGAGAAGUCUUUUGGACCUAGACUUGGCACUCCGGUACCGCUUGCCGUGCUGUAGCAGGGAGAACAGUCUAUGACUAGGGUGGCUGGAGUCUUUGACAAUUUUGAGGGCCUUCCUCUGACACCGCCUGUUAUAGAGGUCCUGGAUGGCAGGAAGCUUGGCCCCAGUGAUGUACUGGGCCGUACGCACAAUUCCUCUUGGAAAUGUAAAACCUUGUUCAUUGAUGAAUUCCUAAUGACAGAGUCAGUGCCCUCUUCUCACCCUCACUAUCAAAAUGUACAUGUGGGUCAACUGUGUACACUUAGAUAAUCGAACUCAUCAAAUCUUGUCAUAAUAUCUCAACACGAUGAUUAAAGUUGUAUGCAAUCACUGCAUCAUAAUGAGUUCAGGCCCCAGCUACUCUGCAAAGGCUGUAUACACCGGAAUUGAGAUACAGAUUACAUUGGCGGAAAAUAAGACGUAUUUCAUUUUCAUUAUCGAUAAUUACGUCACAUUGAGAGCUGAAUGUCUAUCCAACUGCACCUCCACUACGACUUGAUCUCAUUAUUACAUCUGACAUCUCACAGCCUGAGGUGACUUAAAGGCUUGAAAAAAUGACCUGAGCUUAUGCAUGGGUGUGCCUGCUCAUAAGAAGACCCCUCUGCUUUUUUCCCACCGAAUAUGCCGUUAAUGUUGCCAUGUUUCAGGCAUGCUGAAAGAAUGUAAUUGGAUUCAUAAUAAGAUUUUAAGCCCUUUCUUUGUUCCUUUUAUUAUCUAGCCAGCAAAGGGACAUACAGUACCUGCAUGGUAAAUAGGAGGAGGCUGUUCUUCUGUAGAGAAGCUGCAGGGAUUAGAGAGCCAAUGUUAUUCAUUUGGAUUUGUGUACAGUACAGCAGACCUAUCUCUGGUUGCCAUUCAGUGAAAGUAGGCCCUACACACAGCAUUGCUCUGUUUUCUUUUACCAGUUUGAGCUUAUGUGUUUCGCUCAUUGGGCCUAUUUCACAUCACCUGUAGCCUGCAACUGACUAAGAUCUCUGGAUUGUCUAAUGAACAUAUUCUCCAAGCAGAACAGUGAGGAGCAUGAAGCCAUUAAAUGAAAUGAGCUAUAACCAGAAAGGCUUUACUGUUUGUACUGAAAUGGCUCAGUUCUGAAACUGGUUGAGAGACUGAGAUUCUCCUCCUCUCUACUCUGCUGCCUCCCACGUGGAUAAUAGUCUGGGAGGGGGUGGACGAGAGAAUGGCCUGUUCUCUGGUAUUCUCCACGCAUGCACUGUGCUGCUGAGCAGUCAGAGGUUCUCUGAGGCCUGUUGUUUGCCUGUGGCGUUGUCACUCAGCCUGUGGCAGGGUUCCAUAGAGUGUGGCUGGGUUCCAUAGGUUCAUAUACUCACUUAUGAGGAAUUUAAGAAUGGCCUUAAUUGCCCUGACAUUUAGAACGCUGGACUGCUAUUGCUAGAUGGAAGUUGAGAAGAGAUAAGCCUACAGGUGCAAGACAUCUUAAGAAGCAGAUGUGAAUACUAACUGUCUUAGGAGGGAGUUGUUAUUCAGUCCUGUAUUCUUCUCUAGAAUGAAUCAAAUUUGACUUUGUUAAUCAGGAGACCUCACCACAAAUCGUUGGAAUUUCAACAUUGAACAUUUUCAGUGGUCAAACGUAGAGGAUUGUGAAAAGCAAAUGUCAGAAGGUGUCUUUGUGGAGCCGGUGUUAACCAGGAAAGAAGCCUCCAUGUGUACACUAAACAAUGUACCCUUUGAAAUUUAAAGGAAUAAUCCACUCAAAUACAAUCGUUUGGUAUUUUUUUCAUUAGUCCCAAAAAUGUUGCAGUUCAGCAGUCAAGAUUUCAAUAUAUAGCACUUUCAAGCAGGCAGAAAUACAGCCGGCAUGACACCUUUUGCAUCAUACGAUGCAAAAGGUGUGUUUCUGCCUUCGUGAACAGCAAGAGCUCAGAUACACAUGAAAUUACCCCAGGAAUUGAUAGAACAUUGUUCAGAGAUGCCAAAAUAUAUAACAUUCAAAAUGGGUGAAUCUUUCCUUUUUAAGUCUGGCAUCUCAAAAUAUGUCUGGUCUAUUUCAAAACACAUAAUUUCACCUUAUGGACUACGCUAAGUAUUUUAAUUCUACAAUUAACCAUAUUCUCCCACUGCCCUACGUAUUUCCCCACACUUCUAUAAAGUAUCAUUGCACUGAUAUGCGCAGGAUCAAUACAUCAAAACACAAGCCCUGUUCUCACUUUCCCAGCUAGUGUCGCACUGUUGGCAUCACCACUUUCAUUCUCAGCUUGCUCCGCAAACGCACUUCACUUCUCUCUCCAAGCUGACACCUUUUGUAAUGUGAUAUGACUUAGUGAGCAAGGCAUACAGUCUCUCCAAUUACCAUCAGAGAGACAGAUAAUUGGAGUAAAAUGGAGGCCAAAAGUUUAUUUAUUCAUCCGAAAUUGGUAGUUUCAUGCAAGACGUGCAUCUAAUAGGCUACACAUGAUAGGGUUCAUGGUAUUGCACAAUAAGCAUAUUCAGAUGCCUAAUGGUGCAUUAGAAGCCCCUGGUUGUCCUCCUCACCUCAACUGUCCAAUGGGAACCUCCGCAUUUAUCAAAUGUACAUGCCUCUGACUUUCCAGUCACUGUUUGUUCAGUCAUCGCUGUUAUUUGUGAAGCAUGUGUCUUUGAGAGAUAUGGGAGUUUAGAUGAUUCCUUAAGAUUCCUAAAAGGUUCCUUGGUGGCUGCACUGUAUGUACCACCAUAGUCUCCGUUCAAGGCAAUGAUGGCAUAAUGGGUGGACUGACAGCCAUUUUGAGUGUACCCAUGCCAGGAAGUAAAAGCAGGAAGUGUACCCUUCAGUCUGUGCUGUGAUUUGUUGAGUCAACUCAACUGACAUUACAAAAAAUAUAGUCCAUUGCAUGAGCCACAUCAGUUAGUAUCUACAUUACCAUGGCAAUCCAGCAUAAUCCCAGUCGGUAUUAGAACGUCUCGGCCCUGCCCACCUGUGGGGAAAACAAUCUGUGGUUACCUAGCUUACCCCAUUGGCUUACAGCAAAAACUAGACUUUUUUUCAAACUGAAUUUUCUUGUCUGCUUGUUUUAGUCAAUUACAAAACUACAUUUUAGAAAAUUACAACAUGUCUAAAGAUUAUUUUUCAACAUUGCCUGCUCCCGAGCGUUCUCACUACUUAGAAAAACGUAAUAUUGUAGGGCUUCCCUCAUGCCCCUUUUCAUGACUGUGCUAGGAGCCACAUGAGUGAGUGCUAGCUAGCUACUGACCGGUACAUAGCUAGCCAAGACCAUCAACACGAACAAACGGACUAUGCAGUGGAGUUACAAACAGACUAUACUAAACAAGUUAAAUGUCUUACCUGUGAUUAAAUGUUUUCCCACACACGUAGCUACACUGGGUCCCCACAUUUCCCACUCUCCCGCGCUGAGUAGCCUGAAGCCACAGGGCUCUUCUUGCCAGCUCUAUCCCUAUGUAGGAAUAUUGCGAUUUUCUUACCUGGUUACAUGUACAUUGAACAACACAGCAGCUUUUUGGCACGUUUUGUUAUUUCUGUAUAACAAAAAAACGACGACGAAGUUGGCUCUUUUACAAUGGGGUUCAAUGGGACAUUUAUUUUGUUUUCCCCGAUUUUGUGGACGUAGUAGAGGGGAAUUGAUAGAAAUGAUUGCAUUUCAAUACCAGGAAGCCAUUGUGAGUGUACCCACGUGUUUGCCAGUCAAAUUAGCAGGGUUAGAGCUUCCAAGCCCGUUCUAUUCAUUCUAUUUCUGUGGUGCCACCUCACAUCUGUUUUGAAAUAAGUAGUUUACCCAACCUUCUAAUAAACUUUUUUUUUUUUUUUCUUUUCUUUUUUUUUUUUUAGGUAAAAACCUCUACACCAACGAGUAUGUUGCAAUAAAAUUGGUAAGUAUGUAGUCUUAUUUCUGUAUCUUUCCCAUAUGAGAUUGUAUUAUUUCAAUGAGCAGCUCUUAAAAUCACACCUGGAGUGAACAUUGCCUAUUUACAUAUUAUUUUAUUUUGAAGAAAUACGCAUUUGUAAACCUGAAUUUGAAAGUUGUUUGUUGAAUGAUAAUUAAUUUGAAUAAUGUACCUAUUUAGGUGUACUUAUAAUAAUAAUAAUAAUAAUAAUAAUAAUAUGCCAUUUAGCAGACGCUUUUAUCCAAAGCGACUUACAGUCAUGCGUGCAUACAUUUUUUUGUGUAUGGGUGGUCCCGGGGAUCGAACCCACUACCUUGGCGUUACAAGCGCCGUGCUCUACCAGCUGAGCUACAGAGGACCACCCAUACUUCUUAUUGUUGAAGUGUAGUGAAUGAAAAGGCCUCCUUCAACUGAAUUGUUUCCUUUUGUAUUCCCGCUCCAGGAACCAAUAAAGUCAAGGGCACCACAGCUGCAUUUGGAGUACCGGUUUUACAAAACAUUAGGUUGCACGGGUAAGACCUUCACUCUGUUAACCACCCAUUUAUCUCCAUCCUCUCUCUUCCUCGGCUCACUAAUCAUUCCUACUGACUUGAGGUCACCUCAGAUUGGUGAGGUUCUGUAUGAAGAAAGACUGUGCCCGUUCUUAACUGUCACACAAAAGAAGAAUUAACAAGCCCUGCUGUUAUAUCAAUUUCACUGUGCCUCCAUGUAUUUGUAUUUAUUAUGGAUCCCCAUUAGCUGCUGCCAAGACACAUUGCCAUGGUGUCUCCCUGAAUAUUAUCUUUUUAUAAGUCUGAUGUGGUGAUGGUGAUCACUUUACUAUUGUUCUCAACAGUAGUCCAGUUCUAUAUGGGAUGA